AUGGGUUUCUAUCUUCUACAAGCAGUUUUCAGUACAACUGUUAUUCCUUCAUGUAUCCCAGGAGAAUCUGUAGAUAACUGUACAGCAUUAGUUCAGACAGAAGAUGACCCACGUGUGGCUCAAGUGUCCAUAACAAAAUGCAGUCCUGACGCAGAUGGCUAUUGCUUUCAUGGACAAUGCAUCUACAUAGUGGACAUGAGUGAAAAUCAUUGCAGGUGUGACCUGGGUUACACUGGUGGCCGAUGUGAACACUUCAUUUUAACUGUCAAACAACCUUUGAGCAAAGAAUAUAUGGCGCUGACUGUGAUUCUUGUUAUCUUGUUUCUUGUUGUAAUUGGUGGUUCCAUAUAUUACUUCUGCAGGUGGUACAAACACAGGAAAAGCAAAGAAUCAAAGAAAGAAUAUGAACGAGUGACCUCAGGGGAUCUGAUUUUACCACAAGUGUGA